ACAUCAGACUUCUCAAUGCAGAACAAGGUGCACCAGGAGCCAGGCUUGUCUCCCCAGAUGUCCACUGUGAUCUCUAUUAGCCGGGAGGACAUCACACCUGACUAUGUCACCUGGUCCCUGUUCAACACGCUCUUCAUGAACUUCUGCUGCCUGGGCUUCAUCGCGUUCGCCUACUCCGUGAAGUCUAGGGACAGGAAGAUGGUGGGUGACAUAACUGGGGCCCAGGCCUUCGCCUCCACUGCCAAGUGCCUGAACAUCUGGGCCCUGAUCUUCAUCAUCAUUCUGACCAUCAUCUCCAUGAUUCUUUACUUAAAAAGACUGUAAGGGUUAAGUGCUGUAAGGGUUAAAACA